AUGUGUAGCCAUCGUAUUAAAGCGGCCAGUGAAGAUCGAACUCAUUGCAUCGUCAUAUCAUUUUUUUUUCUCAUUUUCUUUGGUUCUCUUUUUCCCUCCUGCUUUAAUCUAUUCCUUCUUUUUCUCUACUCCUUGUUUUUCAUUCUUUUUCACCCUCUUCUUUUUUCUUCUUUUUCUCUUUUUAUUAUUUACCUUCAUUUUACACUCUCUUUAUUCUUUUCUUCUCUUUUCAUUCCCUUGUAUUGUUUCUCCUUUUUCAACCUUUAUAUUCUUUUUAGUCUUUUGGUUUCUUUUAUUUUCCUUCUUUUAUUUCUAUUUAUUUUCCUUCUUUUUUUCUUUUUUCUUUUCUCUUUAAUCUUCUUCUUUUUUUCAUAUUUAUUUUUCUCGUUUUCCAGUCUUUGUUCUUUUCGCACUCUUCAUUCUUUUUUCCUUUUCGUUUUUCCUUCUUUUUCACACUUUUUAUUCUUUUCCUUCUUUUUCAUUCGCUUUAUUAUGUUUCUUCUUUUUCACGCUCAGAAUUCUUUUUUCUUCUUUUCACUCAUUUUAUUCUUUUCAUUCUUUGCCCUUGUCUUUAAGCUUUUUAUCUAA